ACAGCGGAUCAUGGAAAGAGCCGAAGAUGUCGGCUCGGUCAUGUGAUCAGCUGUGUCCAAUCACAACUGAUCACUGAUCAUCAGGGCACUGAUGAUCAGUGUGCCCUGAUGAUCAGUGUAGCCCCAGCAGUGCCACAUAUCAGUGCCUCCUGCCAGUGCCCAUCAGUGCCACAUAUCAGUGCACAUCUGAGCUGCCACAUAUCAGUGUCCCCAUCAGUGUCACCUAUCAGCUGCUUUUCAGUGCACCCAUCAGUGUCACCUAUCAAUGCCAGUCAGCGCUGUGCCAGUCAGUGCUGCCUAUCAGUGCCAUAUAUCAGUGCUGCCUUUCAGUGCCCAUCAGUGAUGCCUGUCAAUGCCCGUCAG